AUGAUCGAGUCACUGCGAGACAUGAAGCACAGAAGCAGCAGCUACGAGAAUCUGGAGAGGGAAAGGACCGCCAACAAAAUACUACAUCGCAUGGAGGACAAGGUCAACGAGGACUCUUUGGACGCGAACGCUCGUGCGAUCUACGGCUCGAAUCGAUGUCUCGACGUGAUAAGUUUCGCUCCAACUUCCUCACGAAAGAUUGGCGCCGCCAUUGUCGAACACAAUCCAACGAGUAGAUCGUACAUUCACUGCACUUCGGCAAAGGAGGACUCCCGUCUUGCGGCGUAUGAGCACCUACUUGUCAUCACCGAAGAUCUGAUGCAGCGCCUGAUGGACACGGAAGGUAUCGGCAGCAGCGGCUGGUUGCCAGCAACACCUCAGGCACAACAUGCAGCAACAUACAAUGCUGCAAGCGUCUGCGGAAGCGUGGCUGGCAGUAUGCCUGCGAGUCGGAGGAGCAGUGUUACGCCGCAGGAGAUCAUCAUACCUCCGCCUGAACGCUUCGUUAACGAUUUUCACUCGCCUUACUCAUCUCAUCAUAUUCAGAGACCUCCAAUUGGCGCGAACGCUCCGCCACUGGUCCGCGGCAACAGUGACACUGCUUUCGGCUGCACGACCCCUCAGCCACAGCACAUCAUGCCCCGUACGAGCAGCGAUGUUGUGAUACAGCAGCCGCAGCCGGUGCCGGCAGGACAAUAUACAGGUAAUCACGGCCGUGUGCAGUGGAAUCUGGGCUCGGAGGGAUGAAGUGUUGACUGAGUCAUUCGUCCUGCCUGGUGUCGAGCGGUGGCACGUGAAGGACAUCUCUUUCUCUUGGCCCUCGCUUGAUACCUAGAUACAACCGUUCAAUAUCGUACCUCGCUUCAAUGUUUCAUCGAAUCAGCUUAAUUCAGGUGGCCACUGUUGAAUAGCCCGCGUAGGUCUUUGCGUUCGCCUAACGCGUUCUCGCUGGGCCUGAUUUGUGUUUUGGACCAGCUACAAUUCUUGUUUGGUUUGAGACCCCCGAUGAUGGCCUAAAGCGUUCUUGUACAGUCCUUUUGGGCGUGCUUCGUGCCUUGACCAACUACAACACUGGGCUGGUAUAGAAACUGAUUGUUCUUCGUUAAGUUCC